AUGGAGAGCUCGGACUACAAACGUCGCAAGAAAGUGGGGUUCGCAUACCCUCCCAUCCCAGUCAGAGACCAAGACAUCCUUUCCGAUGGUACCAUAAAUGAGCAAUCUUCGAUCCGAAUCCUACAUGUCUCCUCAUCUAAAGACAGCUCACCCGCAGACGCGUUUCGCGCGGAAUCAAUAACUCACACAAACAAAGAAAAUGAGCAGUUUGUUAGAGACCACCAUCCCAGUCUAUCUUCACAGGCGAGCGUGUUUGUCGCAGAGUCCGUAUCCGGAGAGCCUGUUUGGCUUAUCGGGUCUCCCCUCACAGCAUCACAAAGUGUGUAUGCUGGCGGUCGACCAAUCCAUUACUUCCCUGGAGACCAUUUCUUAGACAUACCUUCUGGGAUCCUGACCCCCCGAUCGCCCGACAAAUACAAUGAGCACUUCGACCGAUAUAUCAACCCGAGGCGAUUCCUCACACCAGCUGAUCUCGACAGCCUCCGAGAAUUGUUCCCAGAGGCGGUCGGUGUCCACGUGCUUAUCGCAGGUUUCCUGAUUAUUCUUUUUGCAGACAAACGACACGUACAUGAUGCGUACAGUGAGGUGUGGCCCCUCGAACUUGCUGGUCUUCGUGUCUUUUUCCAUCUCACGGACUACAGCUUCACUACGGCACCUGUUGAGUCCGGAACUGUCCUCAAGGAAACUUCGGAACAAAGGAUCAACGAUUCCGCUGGAUGCCUCGGGCUAAAGCUGAGGUUACAGAAUGGUUCUACAGCAGUCACAUCUGUGACUCAUGGUUUCGUCCGUCUCCCGGGGCCCGGGAGAUUUGGAAAUCGGCUGAGAGUUUUUGACACCUUAGUCGAUAAAGCGAAACGGAAAUUGCAACAGUUUCUACCAUUCAAAGCAGGAGAAGAUGACCGUGCCUUGGUUAUGACCAAGGAAACCCCAACCGACAAUAACCCGGUUGGUAAACAAGUGUCGCUUGCAUCGUCUAACAGAAUGAUCGGAACUAUAACCCACACGUACGAUACCCCAAGUAAUGUCAAACAAUACCCUGCCGGUUACAAUCACGACCUGUGUUUGAUUUCAGGUCCUUCGCUUCCUGAUGUCGUCAGCCCUCCUGGAUAUCCGUUGGUAACGGGAUGGGCGAACUAUUCAGCGGCCUUGGAUGGGCAGAAUGUUUAUGUCGUUGCUCAAAACACGAACACUGGAGGCUUGAGGAAGUCUCACGGUGUCAUCGACUCGAGGCAUCCGUCCUUGGGACAGGUUACUCCUGGAACAAAAUCCAAAAUUCAUGCAACGCGUUUUUGCUAUGGCAUACAGAUGGUCAGCUCGCCCCAGCGGAUGGAACUUCGGGCGCCCCCCCUCUGUUUAGGCCGCCCGUCGGAUACGACUGCCCUGGCAGUGGUGUUUCAGAAUUUCCAGCAGUCCUGUCUCCUUGCCGAUAUAACUAAGUACACGAAUACCACAUGGCGCACUCGAUUCGAAACAAAGUACACUCUUAUCAAAGCAGGGUUCAUUCUCCCACUGGAGGUCAGGGAUUCGACAAUCCUCAGCGGCGAAGUACCAAACAGUACCAUCCCAUUCAAUACCCUACCGGCGAGGAAUCCAGGAUCAAUAGAAUACGGGAAUCAGCGACGUGUUUUCUCGUCGAUUGAGUCAGUAGUCUAA